UUGCUCAUGCGUCGAGUUGCAAUUUUAUAAAUCUCGCUGUGUUGGUGUAGUUAAUCAUACGUUUUUGUCGAAUGAGACAAAUAGGGAAUUUUAUUGGUCUAAAAACUUGUUUAUAACUAUGAGCAGUGGAAAGCCCUACAUUGGAUGCAAACUGGGCCUAAUUUCAAAGGCUCAGAAUCGUUAUGAGGGCAUUUUGUUUACAAUUGAUACUAUUAACUCAACUGUUGUACUGGAAAAAGUGAAGUGUUUUGGAACAGAGGGGCGACCAACACACAAGCCAAUUCCUCCCAAACAUGAUAUCUUUGAGUUCAUUACCUUCCGGGGAAGUGACAUUAAAGACAUCAAACUGUGUGAGCCUCCAAGGUCACACCACAGCCUUCCACAUGAUCCCGCAAUCAUACAGUCAUCAGAUGGGAUCUCAUCAGGAAUCUACAACCCACAAGAAGGGCCGUUCAGUCCCCUAAGGAUGCCCUCCUAUAACCAGCUAGCUAGUAGCUGUCUGCUUAACCAACAGUUGGCGGCUGCGCAUGGCUUUGGGCAGGUUCCGGGCCAGCUCGUCAGAAGGGCUCCCAUGGUUGAAAAAGCCGUCCAGACCUCGGAUGGCUGGAGGCCCCAGGGAGCAAGGCCGAUGCCCCCUAGGGAUACUAGGGACACUAGACCCCCAAGAAGGAACCCAACCCCUGUGUCCAGGCAUCAGGAACAACCUUAUCGAGGACAAAGUGGAUAUUUUGAAACUGGACCUCCACCAAGGAGAGGUCAAGGCAGGCGCCGAAACCAGGGGAGAGGCUGGGAGAUGGCUGAAUUUGUUGCGUCUAGCACCCUGAAGUUUGAUACCGACUUUGAUUUUGAUUCCGCAAAUGCACAAUUCAUUAAGAUGAUGCUGGAACGUGAGAUGCAGGACUGGUUGAAUAGAAAAGAGGGGAAGGAAAAGGCUGAGCAGGAUUCCCCAACCGAUAAAAAUCUGGAGGAUCCUAUUGGCCCAAAGUGCUACUAUGACAAGGGAAAGUCUUUCUAUGACAAGCUGUCAUCAGAUAAUGACCUCAGGCAGUCCUGGGCAGAGGAGCGCAGGAGGAACAUCGAGACAUUUGGAGUUCCACGUCUGUUCCCCCGGGGACGAGGAUUCCGAGGUGGAUACCGUGGGCCAAGGGAACCGAUGUUUCAAUAUCGCCGAGGCGGGAACAAAUUGCUAUAAGAUUCAGUGUCAAUCCGGCAACGUGUGAAGUCUCUAGCUGGUCCAGUGAAUCACUUGAUAACAUUAAAGGAUGAUAAGCAUG